CUGGCAACUGUUGAGGGCACACGCAAGUAUAAACUAUUUUUAAGCCCACAUUAACCUGAAAAACGAAAGCAAAAAAGUGAGAAUGCAACGCAACUAUUUGUGUGCUUUGUUAUUGUUAAUUCAGUGCCUGGCAAGCCUUGCGGCACCGACCCCCAAGACAUCCACCGCAACAGAUGAGGCACGUGAGCGUCUGGCCCUGGAGGCACGUGCCGAGACCGAAAGAUUACUGAAUACGCUCUUUCGCUCACAAAUCGAUUACUUCAGUCGAGUGAAAACAAAGCUGGGGCCUCAGACAAAACGAGCUCGGGAUAUAGAUGCCUACAUAGCGCGUUUGAAUGAGGCGAUUGCUGUCAAGGAUAUCGCCCAGAAGGAUCAAAUGUGGCUGAACAUAUUCCAGGAGUUCAAUAAAUCUCCGCUGCUUCUGAACAAAAAGUCGGAAACUGACCUCAGCAAUGACGAGUUUGCGAAUUUGCUUCUGGACAGUAAUCUUCAGGAAAUAACUUCCAAAUUCCUAACCGAUCUGGGGGACUACUUUGUAAAAAUGGCCAGAGCCAGUACAAAUGCUGUGGAAGUGGCCAUCAGUGAAUAUAUGAAAAAUAAGCGAGAGGCCUUGUUCAACUUUAUUAAAUAAAUUCCAGUGACAUGAAAACCAUUUCCUUA